GACACUACAAUUUUAAGAAUUACAAAGAGAAUCUCUGAAACCGGGAAAAUUAGCCAUCCUUGUGUUCACUUCACUGACUUUUCAGGAUGUGAAGACCAGGGAAGGAACAUGUAGCACGCUGAUGAACCACUGGUUCUGACCUUCUAGAAUGUUUUUGAAGAGCGUGCCCCCAGCGGUGGCGAUUCACUCAGACUGGAGAAACGUCGGGACCGUUGUUAGCAGUGUAGUCGGCGGAGGUGGAGGCACCCCCCAGAGCCUGGGCCUGCCGCUCUGCUUCAAUGACUCAGACAGCAGCCUGUCAAAUAGCGGCACGCCCAUCCACAAGAAGGUCCAGAUGAUCAUCGACACCCUGCGGACCAGCCAGUCCCAGUCCUCGGUCGACAUGAGCGACGGAGGCAAGAUGGAAGGACCGACAGGGUCUGCUGCAGCACACUGCAGCCGGGAGUUGCUGCGGCACACAGGACGAAAGGUGACAAAGGGGCCAGGGCCGGGACCCACUGGUUGCAAAGGUGGACCUGCAGUGCCAGUGCCAGUGACCGACUGCCCCAGGCCGCCCUCGCUACAUCCUACACACUCGAAUCCUGAAAGUCAAGAUUCUGAUUCUGACAGUGACAGUUCAGUUGACCGGGGAAUUGAAGAGGCCAUCCAAGAGUAUUUGAAGGAAAAGGUCGACCAUAAACGCAAGGCAGAACCUGCUUCCGUCAGCAGCAGCCCCAACCCAGCGGCCAAGCUCCCGUGCCGAGAACCUGUGGUGAAAGCCGAACAGCCUCACCUGCAGUCCUGCUCCGACAAUAACAAGGUGCUUACAGCCAGCAAUCACAUCCUCAAGACCUCCAAAGGAAACGCAAACUCGGCAGCAAUUCAACUCAAGAAAAAGCUUAAAAAGAAGAGACCCAGCAAGGAAAACCCUGUGAAGAAACAAGCCGUGACCAUGCUUUCGUUUUUUAAGAGACUGCCGCCACGCGACCAAAGACAAGUGUCAUCCUCUACUCUCCCGUAUCAAGAUGAAGCGUCCCAAACACCAUCCCAUGUUAUCAAAGAUGAGCCCCUCGAUGCCAGCAGCAGCAGCAGCGAUGAUGGCAUCGAGGAGGAGAUUCGACGAUACCAGCAGCAGAAGAACAUGGAGCUGUUCAAGCUCUCUUGGUCACAGCAGGCACGCAAGGAGGAGUCUGACUCCAGCAGUGACGACGGCAUCGAGGAGGCCAUCCGCCGUUUCCAGCAGGAGAAGAAGCAGAAGGAGCGAAUACGGCAAAAGAAAAAGAAAAGCGUGGCCAAACGUUUGCAGCAGCUCAAAAAUAAUAACACUUCUGAACAUGGCAAGAUUGGUCACCUCAACACAGACCGCGUGGAAGCGUCGUCGUCGAGCAAAAAGGUCUCUAAACCUGUAAAUCCUGAACCCACAAACAAGAGGAAAAAGGAGAAACCUAGGUUCAUGGGCAAAGCAUCUGUCCCUCGCUUGUCUUCUGAAAGGCGUACAUCUUUCAGCAGUCCUCCCAGUGACAGUUUGAAUGGUAAAGGACACACUAUACCCUUCUGCAAAGCAGAGCCUACCCCAGUGCCUAUCCUGAAAGCGAACACAACUGCAGAGCUCAUGUGUGCUGAAGCCAUCUUGGACAUCUCAAAAGCAGUGAUGCCAAUGAGCUUUGACCUCAGUCCACAUGCACUGGGGUCAAUACCCCUUGUCCCCUCCACAGGUCCCUCACUCUCCAAGGACCCGAGCGAUGGCGAGAGUUCCGUGGAUAGCGAAGAUGGCAUUGAACUGGAAAUCCGAAAGUUCCUGGAGCAGAAAGCUCAGAUGAAGGAGCAAAUGCUGACAUCUGUACCAGCAACAGCCCAAAAAUUGGGCAAAGCAUUUCAGCCCAUUCCUCCUACUGAAUCUGAAAAAGGAGAUCACAGUGAGGACAAGAGUAGCUCGCUAGAUAGCGAUGAGGAUCUUGACGCUGCCAUUAAAGACCUGCUAAAGACCAAGAAGAAGAUCAAAAGAAAGGCAAAGAAACCAGCAAUGAAGCCAACUGGCAGCUCUCCCACUACCACCACCACCAACAACACCACCAACCCCUCAAAAAAACAAAAAGUCCUUACUGAAACCAGUGUCAAGACUGCCAAGUCUGGUCUGCCUAAAGUCAUAAAAAAGAAACCCAGUCAGAUGAAAAACAAGAAGGCCCAUAAGUCUGGCAACGAUUCCCAAGGCAAAAAGCAAAAGAAGACAAAGACCAAAACGCCAGGUCAGCAGACAAAACCGCAGCUUGAGGACAAAGGUGAGAGCGGUGGUAGUAUAGGCCUCUGCAUGCCAGACCCCAACACUGUCAAGGAGCCGGAGGAAGAUAGCAGUUCGGUGGACAGCGACGACAGCAUUGAGCAGGAGAUCCGCAGGUUUCUUGCUGAGAAGGCAAAGGGAGGAGAUGGCAAUGUCACCUUGACCACCAGCAGCACCAACACUGAUGGUUUACUCACCAGAAAGACAGAAGAGAUGGAGACGGAGAUAACACAUCUGGACCAGCAACGCAGCAGCGCCUCCCCUACUAGACCCAGCAGCAGCAUGGAAGAUCAGCAGGCUGAAAUUCCUCUGGAUGUGGGAAGACCUUGUUUGCAAGCACAGCAGGGAGUUUGGCAAAGGCCGGAGAGUGGUAGGGAGAGCCGGGAGGCCGUCGGAAAUAUCUCCUGGGACAGACUCCCCCAUACGCCACUAACGACAUCUAAGGGAGAGCGCAAGGGCAGUUUGGAGGACAGACACCCGCCCCAUGUCGACCCCCUUCAGAGAGACAAACCUCAUCCGCACUUUGGCUGUGACACGCCCAACAGCAGGCCGCACACCUUUACACAGACACCCAGCAGAACACACAGCGUCAAACACACUCCCAACAGGACGCUAACCCCAAACAGCCAGAAUGAGAUUACUCCCUCUCCGUCAACUCCCUGCCCUCCCUAUGUACGCACUAGAAGCCCCACCACCACCACCACCACAUCCGGUCACUCUGGACUGUCUGACAGCAGCUGCCCAGGUGUGGUGGACUCUUGUAGCAGGAGUACGAAGCCUGCAUUGCCGGUGGUCACCUUCUACCGAAGUUCAGCUAAGACUCCUAUCAGAGAAGGCUUCCAGACUCCAUAUAUCACACCUGACAGUCAGUCACAGGGCAGUGGGAAACGGGGACGAUGGGAUCAGCCUGUACCCACCCUAACCCCACAGCUUAGUAGCAGCAGCAGUGGAAGCAGCAGCAGCAGUGGAAGCACCUUGCAUUCGACCCAGCAGCAGGCUAGCCACUCCCAGAGUGGAUACAGACAGGACAGAGAGGGAAAGGAGGAACGAACCAGGGCAGUACAGACUGAGGUGAGGAAGGUAAAGCAGGAACAGCAGCUGCAGCAACAGGAGAAGGAGAAGGAGGAGGAGUUCAUAGAUGAGACAGACCUGGACUCAGAGGAGGAAAGGAGGCAGAGCAAGAGUAGGCAGCAGAGGUUCCCCUGUGUGUCGCUGGGAUGCAGCUUAGACCCGGGGACUGUGCCAAAGCAUUACAUCAUCCUCAGCACAGAGGAAAGGAACCGCAUGGUCAACAAGACUAAGCGCCCCAGGACAUCCAAAAGUAAAGUUCUUGGAAAGAGAAAACUUCAAUUUAUGAGUUGCCCUAUCAGGGUGUAAUUUCUCAGGAAUGGCAUAGAAAAAUGAGGAGUUCCACCUUCAUCACGUUUGUUGAGUUGUGCUUGUGAUUUUUCACUCAGUCAGUUUUUGAACUUUGAUUAAAUUGUUAAAUUGGUUGCCCUAAUUUUCUUUCUUUUUUUUCUUUUUUUUUGCCAUGUUGUGGGCUUUCUGUAGGCCUAUUCUUGCUUUUGCAUUGAUAACAGGCCGACAUAGGCCUACAGUUUGUUAUUAAAUCACAGCUGUUGCUAUUUGUUUGUCUUUACAUUUCAGGUCGCUGUCUGUUCAUUCUGUAGAUGAAUAAAGCGCUUUG